UCCGCCUAUCCUGCGGCAGCUCGCUCCCCGCGGAAGUUGUGCUCGAAGGGUCUACGGUGUGGGAUGUCCGUGUGUGGAGUGCAAAUAGUGUAAAAACACAACAUUCUUUUGCUGCAUUCCCCUCGGAGGACUGUAGUUCUGCUACAUAUUUAGGAUAAAGGACUUCAAGCAACAUGCUCGGUUGUGGCAUGGUGGAGAGGCACAGACAGCUUCUGCGGAAACGUUCUGCAAUCCUUUGCAAGCAAAUGGUGGUGGACGAACUGCUCCUUCAAUGUCUGCAGGCAGACAAGAUCCUGACUGAGAACAUGGCCGAGGGCAUCAUGGCAGAGACAACAUCUCAGAAGCGAAGCUGGCGUUUGCUCAUUCUCCUUCCCAAGCGAGGCCCUCAAGCCUUCGAAAGCUUCUGCGCAGCUCUGAAAGACACCGAGCAGGAACACCUGUGUGAGCUCCUCACACAGGGUUUUCUUCCUGAGGAGUCAAAGGAACAAGCAGAACGACAGCUCGUGCAAACUUCAGAGCGGAGGAGAGAGAGGUAUAGCGACUCCUCUCUUCCACUUCCCAUCCAGGAUGAAACCGCAGCCAAGCGAGCAAGAAUGCAUGAGUCCAUGGAGUUCAGUCUGGAGUCGGACAGCCCCCUCACCACCCCCGUGCUCCCUUGCACACAAGAUUUCUACCUCUCUCACCGCGAAACGUCAUAUAGGAUGACCUCCUCGCCACGUGGCUUAGCCUUGGUGAUCAGCAAUGUGACAUUUAACCCGUGCACCGCACCUGACCUCGACACCAGGAAGGGAGGCGAGGUGGACGACGAGGUCCUCAGGAAGGUCUUCACAGAGCUGGACUACAUGGUCACGGUCCACAGAGACCUGACGGCUGAGGACAUGAAAACCUGCAUCGAGACAUUCCGCAGGCGCCCAGACCACCGCACAAUGGACAGCUGCGUGUUGUGUCUACUUUCCCACGGUGUAGAAGGAGCUGUGUAUGGCACAGACGGUCAGCUCUUGCAGUUGGAGUGGGUGUUUGAGGCUUUCGACAAUGCACGAUGCCCGCUACUGCAGAAUAAACCCAAGAUGUUUUUUGUUCAAGCAUGCAGAGGAGAUGACCUGGACUCUGGAGUUGAGCAAAUAGAUGGGCCAGGAAGGACCAGCUCACCCAGCUGUGAACAGCGGGAUGCUGGGAGAGAAGGGACAGAGGACGCUGGUUCCAGACAGGGAGGAGAGUUAGGGCUGCCAAGGAUUAAACUCCCCCAGCGGUCCGACAUGAUUUGCGGCUUUGCCACUCUCAAAGGUCAGAGAAUUUGCACGGCGGCCAUGCGCAACACCAAACGAGGAUCCUGGUACAUACAAGAGCUUAACACCGCGCUGCGCCGCCGUGCUGCAGACACACACCUGGCAGACAUCCUGGUGCAGGUCAACGGGCGGAUCAAAGAGCGUGAGGGUUAUGCCCCCGGCACAUCCCACCACCGCUGCAAAGAGAUGUCCGAGUUCACCAGCUCGUUCUGCAAAGACCUCUACUUCUUCCCCAAACACCAGUCCCACUUUUCCUAAUGCACUUACACACUCAACACACACACACACCAUUCCUGCCAGUGUGUGCACACAUUCCCUCAUUCAAGCAUAUGACUGCCACACACACACACACACACACACGCACACAUUCCAGCAUUACAAGGCACUCUCACUGUCAUCCAGACUUGUAUUCAUUCACAUUUUCCAUGUAAAUACUGCCUCAGCAAAACUGCACUCGGAGAUGUUGCAGGAGAAAAAGGAAGCUUAUGCUAAUCGACAUGUUCGACUUCUUGGCGUCCAAUUCCGCCACUGUUAAUCCUCUCGCAUUGGCAGAAUUUUAAAAUAUGGUUUGUACACAUAUGUAAUUUUUUUGCGAUUGUGAUUUUAUAGGAAUGUGAGAUUAUUUUUUAGUUUCGCCCUUAUUUUAAUGUUAACGUUGUCAUGUAAUUGCAGUGACUAACAGCAGGGGGCAGCAUUGAGCAAUAAGGUUAGUGCAGUUUUUUUUUAAUGUCUCCACACCAAGAAUUAUCUUUAGCAUUCCGGAAUGUUUUCUACUCUCACAAUGAUGUAUCAUUUAUUUUGUAAAAAUCCCUCUGGUAUGGUCUAACAUUUAGGAAAAUGUGUUGUAAAUAUUGUUUUAUUGUAAAUGUUAUUGUCAGGGGAAUGUGUGGUGCUACUCCGGGGUGUUUUGCCUGAACUUUGACCUUUAUGCUCACGCUGACACUUAAUCACGCUUCCCCUUGAGGGGGUGCUUUGCAUUUAGCGCCGCCUGCAUACUGUGUUUUUUUUUAAUUUUGUGUCAUUUCACUGUAUUAUACAAUGGUGAAUUUACAAGUCUUCCUUGCAAAAGAAAUAUGCAGUUUGUUAGUGCACUUUGUUGCCCAGUAUUGAUAAAUGACUGUGGUGAUUUUCACAGUGUAUUGAUCCACUUAGCCCCCCCCCCCCCCCAAGUCUUACAUACAGACAGGGGUAUCUCUCAAUGCCAUGUGUCCCAGAAAAAAUUCCCCGAACAGGCAACAUGUGUUUGGUUACAGUGUUGUGGAGGAAGAUAAUGUGCGUUGGAAGCAGUAUUGAUCCGUGACCGGAGAGGCUUUUAAGGGGCACAGUUUACCCCUCUGGAGUAUUUGUUUUAAUAAUAAGACCAGAAUGGUGCACAGUGAGAGCUUGUGAAGGUGCUGCCAAACUUGUGCAUAGAGAAAGGGGGCGGGGGGUUAUUUCUGUCAUCACCGAUGACUGCCGAAUCUCCUUUACAAUAAACAAGCCAAUCUGUAUCGACAAGAAAAGUGUUUUGUUCUUUUCCCCACAGCCGUGUAUGUGCCCUUAAAGCUGCCGGCUGCACAAUCGUGUGCGUUCUUCCGCUCUACUUGAGCCGCUUGGUUGCUGUGUUUGUGUGUGUUGUUGCCCGCGUUACUGUGUGUCAAGCUCGCCGUGCUCAGGUGUAGUGUGACCGGCCACCAGCUAUUCCGCUGCGCUCAGGUCUCUCCGUGCUCCGGGACGUGUGUCAUUCCCACCGUGCGGUGAUAAUAUUCAUAGUGUAUCAGAUGGAGGCCCAGGCCAGCUGUCCGCAGUCAUUCCCUGUUGAUACACGCACACACGCCUGCAUGUGAUACAGGUCUCAUAGGCGUGUGGGCGCAGUUAUCAAAAAGCCUUGGAGCUUUUUCAAAAAUGUAUGGAAAUGGGGUUUAAAGUAUGUUUUUUGUUGUAAUAUGGUUUCUGUAUGAAGACAAACACGACACAAAGCUUCCUAAUUGUUAAAAAGCCCACUGGUUUGUGUUAAUGCUUCACUGAUGAGAGUAUUUGGUGAGUGCCGUUUUGUCCGACUAAUUUCAGCGGUGUGGACUGUGACUCAACAGUUUGUUUACAUGUAUAACUUUCUCCGACGUUGCCACAGAAAGACAUGUUUUAUGCCACUCUUUCUUUGUCUCAUUUUGUCCACCAAAUGUUUUAUGCUGUGCGUGAAUGCACAAAGGUGAGCUUUGUUUUUAUUGUUUUGUGUUGAGUGCUAAUCAGGUAUAUUUGGUCACUGCAUGACUGCAAGCUAAUCAAUGCUAAUAUGCUAUUUAGGAUUGAUGUAUCUACAUAUUGCAUCAUUAUGUCUCAUUUGUAGCUAUACUUGAGCCAAUUUAAUUUACUUAUGUGUAUUUAGUUUAUUUACAUGUUUCAUGACACAUUAUCCGUAUGUAAUAUUGGCUGCAUUUAUAAUAGUCGUUUGUGCGCCAUGUUGUUCCAGACCACAGCAAAGGUUACCGCUUUGACACACACAUAUAUAUACACCUUUUGUUUGACAUUCUAAGACAGUUAUUUCCAGGAGUUAUCUCACCCUCUGAGAAGUUUUACUAAUGUUUUCCAAAGUUGAAAAAAUGUGUAGAAUAAAUAUUACAUUUCAACA